AUGGAUCAAUUUACUAACAAAGAACAUCCUGAUUAUGUUCCUGGUACUCUUAAUAUUUAUUCUUCUACUAAUUUAGAAAAUGGCGUUAUUUACGGUGAUAAAUUGAAGAGAGAGCCAAAAUCGGAAAUUGUAUUAAUGCCACAGCCAUCGGACUCACCUAAUGAUCCCCUAAACUGGAGUCCAUUUAGAAAAUACUUUCAUUUUGCUUUAAUGUCAUUUAUCACUGCUUUUACCGCUGCAACCUCCAACGAUGCAGGUGCUGCUCAGGAUUCUUUGAAUGAAAUCUAUGGGAUCUCGUACGAUGCAAUGAACACAGGUGCUGGUGUUUUAUUUUUGGGUAUUGGAUGGGGUACCUUUUUCAUGGGACCCUUUGCAUAUUUAUACGGCCGUAAAUUGACAUAUAUUAUUUGUACUGUCUUAGGUUUAUUUGGUGCUUUGUGGUUUGGUUUGGCCAAUAGAACCGCUGACACCAUUUGGUCCCAAUUAUUUGUUGGUAUCAGUGAAUCAUGUGCUGAGGCCCAAGUCCAAUUGUCCUUGACUGAUCUUUACUUUCAGCACCAAUUGGGCUCUGUUUUGACCAUUUAUAUUUUAGCUACUUCUAUUGGUACUUUCCUAGGACCUUUGAUUGCUGGAUACAUUUCGGACUUAACCAAUUUUAGAUGGGUUGGUUAUACAGCUUUAAUUAUUAACGGUGGGCUAUUAAUAUUUAUACUUUUCGGAUGUGAGGAGACUUAUUUUGAUAGGUCUCGUUAUAGAACCCCUAUUACUUCACAAACCACUGUUGAAGGAUACUCCGAUGGCAUUUCUUCAGACAACUGGAAGAAGGAAUAUACCAAUGCUACCAAUUCUAAAACUGAAAACAAAUUUACAAAUAAAGAAAUUAAUUUAGAAAGAAUUGAUGAUAUCGAUGAGAAGGAAUUUAAACAGCAGUCACCCUCACAAGCCGAGGAACUUUUGAUUGAUGGUAGCCAGGAAGAACUUGCACCAUAUUGGAAAAGAAUUGCGUUAAUUACUAAAGCUACAAAUUUGAAAGGAAUAGGUAUUAAACAAUAUAUCAAAUAUUUGCUGAUCACAUUGAAGAUGUUCAGUUUCCCCCCAGUCUGGUUAGCAGGGUUUUUUUGGGGCUGGCAAGAUGUUUUACUAUCUUUUUACUUAACCACUGAAGAGGACCAAUAUUAUGAUGCUCCAUGGAACUAUUCAGAUGCUGCUGUUGCCAUUAUGAAUGUUCCAACUUUAAUUGGGGCAGUUAUUGGAUGUUUAUAUGCUGGUGUAAUUAGCGAUUACUUUGUCUUGUGGUUAGCCAGAAGAAACAAAGGCAUCGUGGAGGCCGAAUAUAGAUUGGUGUUUGCUGUGGCAUGUGCUGUUAUUUGCCCUGCAGGUUUGUUCAUGUUUGGUGUGGGUACAGCAAAAGUUGAGAACUGGAGGGUGAUGUAUGUGGGACUUGGGUUUAUCGGAUUUGGAUGGGGUUGUUCUGGUGACAUAGCUAUGUCAUAUUUAAUGGAUUGCUAUCCUGAAAUGGUUUUAGAGGGUAUGGUUUGUACAGCUUUAAUCAAUAACAAUUUGGCAAUGAUUUUUACAUUUACUUGUAGUUUAUGGUUAGAUGCUUCUGGUAUUCAGAAUACUUAUAUUGCAUUAGCUGUUAUAUCGUUCGGAAUAACAUGUUCUGCUCUACCUAUGUAUGUGUAUGGUAAAAGGAUUAGAAGAUGGACUAAAUACAAAUACUUGAGUCUAGUGGCUGAGAGAGAUAAAUAUUAA